GGGAAAUGGUCUCUUCCUGGUCCGUUGUCUUGUUCUGUGGGGGAAAGCCAACUUUUGAAUGGUUACAGGAGAGCCAUUUAUCACUGGGCCUCGCCUUGAAAAGGGUUGAUGUGGAGAAGACUUUCCCCACACAGCACAAGUCUCACCCUUACAGAGAGCCAGAGUGUGACAGGGGAGUGGAGAGUGCAGUGCAGAUGGAACUUCAACCCCAAGCGUAGAGACGAGUCAGCAUUUUCAGUCCCAGAAUUCCAGACAGGUGGACCUCUUCGGUCUGUGCUAUACUUUUAGAAAAGACAAACUACAGGGUGGAUUAUGAAAUUCUGCAUGGUGCGGAGAAAGUGGAUAGAGCAUGCAAGAAUUAUAUGAGUGAAAUCAGAGUGGAGAACCUUGAGAAGAGGAGCAGUCAGCCAGACAUUCAACUUGUGAUGUUCCCAGAAACUCCCCAGAGGAAUGUUUCCUUCAUGUCUGAGGCUGAUGAGAGCAGGCAGACAUCCACGAUGUGUCAACAAGAACAGUCACGGAGAACUCGCACUGAAUAUGAGGGCAGUCUCGUGCCCUUUGACCAAACUGCAGUCCACCCAGAUGAGGAAUCUGUGAAUAACGACAAGAGUCAUCAGCAGAAAAUCUCUGAGCAAAGGGAGGAACUUCGGGCAUCAGUGAGACCAGACAAAGAGAGGAUUUCGCACCAUCCUAUGAAAAGAGAAGCCUCUGAGUGCCAGCAGAAAAGCUACAAAGACUUAGAUGAAAUCUCGGUCAAGAAGGAGAAAGAGAAGGAUGGAGGAAGAUUAUCUGAAUGUGAGACAAGUUCACACACAAUGAUUAGAACUCUCUCAGAAGAUAAAGCAUAUAAGUGUUCAGACUGUGGAAAAUCCUUCUGUAGGAAUGCUAAUCUUAUAAGACAUUAUAGGAUCCACACAGGGGAAAAGCCAUAUAAAUGCAUUGUUUGUGGGAAAAGCUUCUCCCAGAAAGGAAACCUGGCUAUGCAUGAGAGAAUCCAUGCAGAAGAUAAACCAUAUAAAUGCUUGGAAUGUGGAAAAUCCUUCUGUAAGAAUGCUGACCUUAUUAGACAUCACCGAAACCAUACAGGGGAAAAGCCAUAUACAUGCUCAGUGUGUGGGAAAUCCUUCAGUAUGAACUCUGACUUUAUGAUACAUUUCAGAACCCAUACAGGAGAGAAACAGUAUAGAUGCUCAGAGUGUGGUAAAAGUUUCAAUAAGAAGUGUAACCUGGUAGCGCAUGUGAGGAUCCAUACAGGAGAGAAGCCAUACAGAUGCUCAGAGUGUGGGAAAUCUUUCACUACCAACUCUGAAGUCUUUAAGCAUUAUAGAACACACACCAGACACAAACCCUAUGAAUGUGUGGACUGUGGGAAAAGGUUCAGGCAGGAAGCUCAUCUAGUUGCACACAUGAGAAUCCACACGGGUGAGAGGCCAUAUGAAUGCGCAGAUUGUGGGCAAACGUUCACACGGAAAGGGAACCUCGCUCUUCACGAGAGAAUCCAUACAGCAGAAAAACCAUAUAAAUGCCUGGAAUGUGGGAAAUCCUUCCAAGCUAACUAUAAACUUAUUGCACAUCAAAGACUUCAUGCAGGAGAGAUGCCGUACGAAUGCUCAGACUGUGGGAAAAGCUUCAUCCAGAAGGGAAGCCUCCUUGCCCAUCUGCAGUUACACUCAGAGAAGAAACCAUAUGAUUGCACGGAUUGUGGGAAAUCCUUCCUUACAAGCUCUGAUCUCCUUAGACAUCAGAGAACCCACACAGAAGAUAAACCAUAUGAAUGCGUGGAUUGUGGGAAAUCCUUCAUUAUGAACUCCGAUCUCCUUAGACAUCAGAGAACCCACACAGGAGAAAAACCAUACGAAUGUUCAGAUUGUAAUAAAAGUUUCAGUCGGAAAGAUGGCCUCCUCAAACAUGUAAUAAUCCAUAAUGGGGAGGAAUUGAGCACACAGGCCAAACCAUAUGAAUGCCUGCGCUGUGGAAGAAGCUACAAUUACAAGCAAAACCUCAUAAUACAUAUGAGAAAUCACACUGGAGAAAAGCUGUAUAAAUGCUCUGAUUGCAAGAAAGCCUUCAAUACGAACUCUGAACUGACCAAACAUCGGAGAAUGCAUACAGGGGAGAAGCCAUUCAAGUGCUUGGAUUGUGGGAAAAGCUUCAGCCAAAAGGGAGACCUUGUCGUCCACAUGCGAAUUCACACAGGAGAAAAACCUUAUAAGUGUACUGACUGUGGGAAAUGUUUUAGCCUUAGCUAUCUUGUCAUCAGGCAUCAACAAAUGCACACCGGGGAGAAACCAUUUACAUGCUCUGAAUGUGGGAAACGUUUUGGUAUCCGCUGCAAACUUAAUCGGCAUCAGCAGAUCCACACAGGGGAGAAACCACAUAGAUGUCCAGACUGUGGGCAAUGCUUCACUCGCAAAACAAACCUUUUCAAACACAUGAGAGCCCACGUGGGAGACAAACUGCAGAAAUGCGCUGAAUUUGGGGAACGUUUCUGUGAUCCUCCUGAUUUUAAUCAGAAUGAGAGAAUGCCCACAGAAGAAAACCCUAGGCGGCUUCUUGCAAAUACUUAAUACAAAAAAAGAAAGAAAAAGCUUUCUGCAUGCUGGAAUUUGUAUAAUAAUGAUCCAGAUGUUUGCAAGCGUCUCUGUUUUCUCCUACAGAACUGUUUCACAAAAGCGCACAGGAAGUUGAGAGGAGAAUAACAGGAUGCACUUGAGGAACCUGUUACUUGGGUGAGAAUUGCUUAAAAGAGCUAGCCACCUAGGAGCAGCAGUAAUGGCUCUCUCAGUGCAGACUAGUUGAGGGCCUUUGUGACACCAAUAGCAGGGAGUCACUGUUAGUUAUAGUUAACUUUCAACUGAGAUUUUCACAGAAUGGUUUCUUAUUCUGUUCUAGUUCAGAGAAAAGCAAAGGUCCACUUUAGUUUUGAGUUCAGAUUUGGUUUGACUCCUGGCUCAACAGAGAGUAAACAAAUCUUCACCUGAACCAGUGGAGAGUACACUGAACACCAGGUGCUAGGCAACACCAAAGGGAGGAGGUGGUUGCCCUCUUUUAACCCGCUUGCAGGCUUCCCUGAUGGACUUGGUCAGCCACUGUGUGAAGCAAGAUGCUGCCCUGGAUGGGCCUUGGCCUGAUCCUGCAGGGCUUUCUUAAAUUCUUACCAACUCUAUUGCAUGUCUAAUAAUGCUGCGCAUUUUAAAGCACUGCUUAGUGACUAACCCUUCUGUGGGCUCACUGGAGCCAAGCCCCACGUUAAAAUAAACACAAGUUCCUGCUUGCCCUAGUGGUCAGUUGUGGGAAGAGGGUCUUUGCGUAGGGUCACUGGACAAAAACUGAGCUUGUAGGAGCACAAUGUUAUGCUCUUCAUACCAUGCUAGCAUUCUGCAAGGGCAGGUCCCCGUUCUCUGGAAUCCCCCUCUCCCAAGGAUCAUUAAAGCACUUGAAGGUGCAGACAGACUUGGGCAGUCCAUCCCUUCUGUGGUUCUGCUUUCCUUUUGCUAGACUGCUGAUGUGUAUUUUGAGGUAAUAUCCUGAACUGAACUUUUAGGAUUCAAAAUGUCCCAUUUUCCAUAUUGUUCUGGUAGUCUUGGGCUACUUGGGUGCCAAAUUUCAGCUCUUAGUUAAGUAUUGAUUAAGCACUUCAUUUUGUACAGGAGUUCAAUUUUCAGACAUUUCAAGUAAUCGGGAUGCCUUGGGCUACACGUGUGCAAAGCUUCAGGGCUUCGGGAAGUAGCCCAACAAUGGCAAUUCCUCAUGAGAAAGUGAGUGAGGCGAUAUAUAUAUAAUGUGUGUGUGUAUAAAAAUGCAGUAGCACGCAGCCUAUGGGUUACCAACCUUGGGCCCACUGUUCCCUGAAGCAGGGAUCCCCAGAUGUUGUGGACUACAACUCCCAUAAUCCCCAGACAAAGGCCACUGCACCUGAGGAUGCUGGGAGUUGCAGUCAAUAACAUCUGGGAAUCCCUGUUACAGGGAACACUGCUUGGGUCCCCAGAUGAUGUUGGACUAUAACUUCAUCCACAGGCCACUGUGGCUGUGGUUGAUGGGAGUCCAACAAUAUCUGGAGGCCCAAAGUUGGGAAUCUCUGUCUUAACCCAACUUCAGCUCUACAGUCAUGGAAACUGGGGUACCUGUGGGCAGCAACAUGAGAAGUGGGAUUUUAAACACCAUGAAAAACAUCACUGAAGUUGCAUCCGGCUUCAAGAUGGAAGAGUGCCGAAACAGCAGCUGGGAGUUUCAAGAUGGAUGAGCGCCUGCUUGCUGUCUGUUAAAGGCUGGUUUGAAAAAAUAUGGGAGAUUGUGGUCACUGAGAAAAAGUCAGCUGAAAAAGAAAAAGUCAGCUGAAAUGAAGGGAGCAGUAAAUCUAGUUUUUGUAGGAUUUGCUUUUGGAGAAGGAAGGAGCUCCUAUUUCUCAACUACAUUGGUGCAACCAAACCAGCAUAUAAAAUGCCAGGGAGACACAAUGGAUUACAUUUUUUUGUGGUUAUUGGCUGAUAUCCAGAUUAUCAAAGUGCAUGUGUGAAAGUGCUGAGCAAGUGCAAGGAUGUUGCACUAGUUCUAUUAUGUUGGGAGCUUGUGUUCUAGACUAGUGUUGUACUAGUGCAAACAUCCUUGCACUUGUACAACAGGGCGUGCAACCUCUGGUGUGCCUGCUGGUGUCAUGGCUCAGACUUCGGAAUCGGAAGACUCAGAGCAGGAAGACUCGCCUGCUAGUGAGCCACAGCAGCAAGAUUUGGCAGAGAAACCAGACUCGGGACCUGAGGAUUAUCAACAGCUGCCAGACUUGAAUUCUGAUGUGGAGGAGCCUGGGAUUCCACCUAUAGUGAGACAAAGUAUCAAGAGGCAGGCUCAGAGAGACUCACACAGGUGCAGCAGAUAACAGGGAAGAAAGCCAAACUGCUGACUCAGGGAAGCCUGAUUGGUUCCUGGUUCUGUUGAGCCAUAUAUAUUCAACAGUCUCUCAUGGCUGAGUUGCUGGUUGAAACUUUGCUGGCAGCAGAUACUGUGCUCUUGGAAUUAUAUCUUUUCUGUGUUCCAGUUUGUCUUGUCUUACUUCCCUGCAUUGUUCCCUUAAUUCCUUGUUCUGUGUUCUUCGCUUGUUUCAUUCCUUGUUUUGUCUUUUCUUCCACUUAUUACUCAGUUAUUAUUAGAGGUGGGUACCUAGUUUCAGUUCAGGGGACUUAAUUCAUUUACUGUUUUCUUUGUGAGCCUUUUAUUUUCCUUCAUCCAGUUUUGUUGCUGCUUUCUGUUUACUCUCUUUCUCUGGGGGUUGUAAAUCCUGUAGGGAUAGCUGGGAUAGCAGUUCACAACAGUUGGUGGGAAAUCUUUCUCCAUCAAUUUACAUUGCCUGAAGCAUUGUGCCAGUGCACAACUUCAGGAUUUUGUGCAUCUGCCCAUCUUCCUUGCAGGUGCACAAAUUUGUUGCACAAGUGUAGUGUUGGAUGUUGGCCAUUAUUUAUGGUGACUAUUAUUUAUAUGUAGUGACAAAAUGUGUUGUUUUCUAGUCACAGUGAUCCUUCUGUACCCUGGAAAUUGUUGUUGACAAUCCAGAGAAAGAUCCUCAGAAUUGUUACUCCUUGAAUCCUUUCUUAGGAGAUAAGCAGUAGGCGGGCAAGAGAAAAGGGGAGGACAGCAUAACAGCUGCAACAAGGAACAAUUAACUCAGGGAAGAGUUACUGCUUCCCUUGUGAGAAAGGAAUUUAAGAACAGCUGAGACAUUUGUUUUGUGUAAGCAACUGAGGAUGAUGUAUUGACUUUGAAACCAGUUUUGUUUUUAACCUGUAACAUCUAGUGGAUGGUAUUUUAUCUUUGCGUAAUAAAGAGGUCUUGGUGGAAGAAGUGUUUAGAGUUAAUAUGUGCAUAGUAUUGCAAACUCAUCAACAUAAUUAUUACAUUAAAAUGAAUUAUUGUUAAUCAAAGUGAGGGGGCAGAGGGUUGGAGUCGGGGGAAAGGCAAGGGGAAAGAGGGAUGGUGUCAAUAGGCUCAGGAAUAGGGGCAGAGGACAUCUGGUCACAAGCGGCCAAUUGCAUUGAAUCACUGCCCAAGAGCUCUUCUUGGCUCCUGCUGUUGCUGCAGGAUAUUCCUGUAUGUGGUCCAGAAAAGUCCCCGUGGGCUGGAUCUAGCCCCCGGGCCUUAUGUUGUGCAGGCCUGAUUUAAACCAACCAAACACUGUCAAGCGGUUUCUAAGGACAAAGCACUCCUGCCAUAAAUAUGGUUAGAAUGCAAGAGGAAAGGGGUGCAAAAAAAAGACACGGCAAAAUCAGAUGAUGGGAAGUUGGAGCUGAAUUCCCCCCACCCCUCUGGCACCCAUAACUGCACCCCAUAUUUAUGGUCACUUUUCCAUGCAUCAGGGUUCUGAACCACAAUGCAUGAUGGGAGUUGUCUAACAACAUCUGAGUACCCAGGUUUCAGAACCCCUGUCAUAUGCUAUUCCCACCUCCUGAUAAGGAUCUCAUUCAUUUUCCUCCAAUAGCUUCUUGGGUUGUCUCAAAUAUUUUAGACUCUCAUAAUUCGCUGGAACAUCG